AUGAUGAUGCAGGCCCUCCUGUCCCCUCUCUACCCGAAGCACUUCGCCCUCUCCUUGAAGCUCAGACCAGGCCGCAUCUUCUCCCAGUCCAGCGCCAGCCCGUUCUGCCGGUCUGCCCGCCACGCAUUCAGCCAAUCCAGCCUCGAGCUCUUCCUUCGUUCCAGCAUCAUCAUGUACAGCCUCAACAAACUGGCUUCCUUCCCGCUGAACAAAGUUCUCAUACCAUCAUCACAGGACGAGUCGGAUCGGAUUCAGAACCUGUCCGCCCUCUGCUCCCCGUCCACCCCGAAACACGGUCUAUGCCGCCCGAACCGCCUCGGGGUACGGGCUUCCUUCCCACAGAGCAAUGGGGGUAUAUACAGAGUUUCAACGCCGCCAUGGGUCAGGUCAAGAUGGAGACCUGUACCCGGUGCAAGGAACGGUGGUUUGCAAUGGACCUCAAGGAUGGGGUCUGUCACGCCUGCUUCUUGCGAGAUAAGGGCAGCAAAACACCCUUCCUCAUGUCCGCGGAGAACGAAAUGGACCCAGGAGAGCUUCCGGCCCAUCUGCCAGAGCUGA